UUGUUAGAUGGAAUAAUAAGUGGGCCAAAAACUAAAAAUCGAAUGAAAACAAGCUAUUUAUAGAAGUUUUUUUAGUUUUGGCUUAAAAGAUAGUUUUUCACCAACUUAACAGUGAGUAGUCAUUUAUCAAAGAUAUUUUUACUGUUUGACUAACCAAUAAAUAGGAAACUAAAAGUACAAAUUCAGUAGAGAGAAAGGGAUGAAUGUAAUGGUCAAGUUUAGCGUUUCAUGAUAAAAUGGUAUAAUUGGUUGUUAUGAAACAAAUCAACAAGUAAUCAUAUUUUAAGAAAAAAACAACUAAGAAAAUGAUGUGUAUAUGGUUUUGUGGAUGAGAAAUUUCUUUUAAGAAUUUCUAAAAUCUAACAUUUUCAUGAAUCACAUUGAAAUAUUUCUUUUCCUUCUAAAUAAACUAUUCAAACACUAAAAAUAACAACAAAUAUAAAAAUUUCUCAAUAAAACCCGAAAAUUUAAGUUUUUUUUUUCUCUUUUGUAUAUAUAAAUCUUCAUUUAAAGAAUGAUAUCAUUCAGAACACUUCAAAUUUUUCUUCAAGUCCUGUUCAUUUCAACGUGUUAUUUAUCAUUUAGAAUUCAUUGUCAUCAACAACAAAAAUUUAAUCAUGAAAUACCAAACUUUGGUGAUCCAAGACAUCAUUUUCAUGAUCCAAUGUCAGCAGAAUUCCUACAUGCACAUAAUCUAAUUAGAGCAAAAUAUGGAAUGCCACCAUUAAAAUGGAAUCAAACCCUAGCAGAGUAUGCUUAUGAACAUGGAUCAAAAUUGAUUGGUAAUUGUUCAAUGGUACAUUCUAUAGGUAAAUAUGGUGAAAAUUUAUUUUAUGGUAAGUUACAUCAUUGGACUCCUACACGUAUUGUUGAAAACUGGGCACAAGAAUCAUUGUUUUUCAAUUUUAAAGCAGGAAAAUGUGCAACAGAUUGGACACAAUGUGGGCAUUUUACCCAAGUUGUUUGGGCAGAUACCGUUCAUGUCGGUUGUCAUAGAUUAAAAUGUAUUGGGCUUAAUAAAGGUUAUAUUGGCAUUUGUAAUUAUGAUCCACCUGGGAAUCUACUCGAUCAAAGUCCUUUUGUUCGAAAAUCGGCUAAUGCCAAUGCCAUAGGCUAAUACCAAUGCAAUAAUGUUCAUUAGAGGUUACCCAUAUUUUUCAGUGAAAUUGCUAUGUUUAAUUCUUAAGAAGCUCUCGAAUGAAAGGAACAUUGCAAUUCUUUAAAAUGAAGGGGUAAAGAUUUUUGCACGUAGUUUUUUAGUUGUUCGAUAAAACUGUAUUGGGUUUAAUAGAGAUUAUAUUGACAUUUGUUAUUAUGAUACACCUAAAAUCGGAUUAUCAAAGUCCGUUUGUUUGAAAAACAACUAAUACCAACAAUGUUCGUUAGAAGUUACUCAUGUUUUUCAAUGAAAUUGCUACAUAUAUUUCUUAAGCUCCCGUAUGGAAGAAACAUAACAAAUUUGUUGAA